UAACAAUUACAAUUCCACGCUUUAGCCAGCGUAGUGCUGUUUCAACCUCACAGGAUUUAUCCUUCCAGUAAGAGUGACUGCUAGUGUUUGCUUUUCUUAGAAACCUAACCUGAGACUUUUCAAAGGCACGAGAACGUGUUAUCCCCGUUCUUAAUAAUUUUAAUGCGGUUUACAUCCCUCGGUUGCAUUCUGCCGUAACUUUAGCAAGACUGACGAAAUUCACGCCCAUGAAAUCAGCGUGUUUUGCUAUAAACAGCCUCCGUCGGAAGGGUGGGGCAGGCGUCUGCGGGGUUGUACCGCUCACUCCCGGCAGCUCGGAUUCCCACUCCAGAUCACCUCUCCUAAAACCGCUUCUGCUCCGCCACCGCAGCGACCUCCCCUCCCCGGACGGUCGGUGCCGCCGCUGCUCCGUGCGCCCCCGAACUCCCCUCGGGCAGCGGCUGCCCCGCAGCGCCAGGCCGGCGGGGGUGGGGGCGCCGGGGAGGCCGCCCGUCCGACACGCCCCUCGGCGCCGCUCGCCUUCCCCAUCGCCGCGGAUCGCGGGCGGCAGAGCGGCCGGAGCUCGCUGCGGGGCAGCCGCGCUCCCCAUGGCGGUGGCGGCGGGGCGGGCGCGGCGGGGCGCCCGGCUGAGCGCGGCGGCGCUGCUGGCCUUGGCGCUGCUGGCCUUGGCGUUGCUGGUGCUGCCGGCCGGCCGGCGCGGCGGUGUCGGUGAGGGGCGGCCGGGCUCCCCGCCGCCGCUGCCGUCGGGCUUGCGGGAGGAGCUGCGGCAGAGGCGGCGCGACCUGCGGCGCCUGGCGGCGGCGGGCGGGGAGGUCGCAGCGGCGGGCGGGCUGGGCUGCGGCGACCUGAGCCUGGUGACGGGUGUCAGCGUGCUGGGCUGGGGCUUCACCAAGGUGGUGGCGCGGGCGGCGCUGGCGGGCGGCGGAGCCGUCGCCCUCAAGUCGGUGCACGGGGCGGGCCGGGAGGUGCGGCAGUGCCUGCAGCGCUACGGGGCGCCGGCCGGCUGCCGCCGCCUGGCCGCCUACAAGCUGCUGAAGGAGGUGACGCUGCUGCAGCGCCUGCAGCAUCCCGGCAUCGUCCAGCUGCACGGUCAGUGCUAUGAUGAUAGCGGAGAUCCUGAAAUACGGGUCACCGCUAUGAUGGAGCUGGGAUCCCCCCUGGAGAUGAUUCAGCUUCUGCAGACCCCCUGGGAGGAGAGAUUUAAAAUUUGCCUGAGUCUUGUGAAACUGCUGUUUUACUUGGCACAUUCCCCCCUGGGUUCAAUAGUCCUCUUGGAUUUCCAGCCGAGGCAGUUUGUUAUGGUGGAUGGAAACCUAAAAGUGACAGACAUGGAUGAUGCCAGCACUGAGGAACUGUCAUGCAAGGAAGAUAAUGACUGCACACUUGAGUUCCCUACAAAAAGCUUUCCUCUGAAAUGCUCCGCCAUUGGGAAAUGUGAAGGAAUAAAUGAAAAGAAGAAUCUUUUUAAUGCAUAUCGGUAUUUUUUCACCUAUCUUUUGCCACACUCUGCACCAGCUGCUUUGCGGCCCUUUUUGAGUGAUAUUCUGAAUGCAACAGGUGAUUUGCGAUAUGGAAUAAAUGAAACCCUGGAAGCCUUUGAAAAGGUUUUACAUCUGUACAAGUCUGGGCUCUAUCUGCAAAAAAGACCUCUUCAUUUAAAAGACUUCAUCUCCCUGAAGGGCUUUCGAACAGUGGAAGGGGAAGACUACAAGUGCUGGCCAUCCUACAGCCACCUGGGAUGCCUGCUCUCUGUUCACAGUGCCGAGGAAGCUGCCAGAAUUUGUAACUCCCAGUUGCAGUGCCAAAGCUUUAUCAUCACCCAGCGGAGGACAUGGACAGGACGCCCACUCGCCUUGUUUCAGAGUAGCCUGACUGAUUUAAUACCGGAUGCUAACUCUGUAGUCUGUAUUAAACGAUCGGCUUCCUCAGGGGAAAGACUUUAAAGACAAUGAGAUCACAUAAUAUGAUCCUGGGAGGAACAAACCACUGGGGAGAAUUUCAUCUGCUGAAAAGAAUGACAUAUUUUAUUUUGCUUUGGGAUGGGAUCUGCCUGCCAGCUCAGAUGGAGUCAAAUGCUGCUGCCUCCUUGAUCAAAGCUCAGAUUUCUCAUUGCAGCCCCGCUAGCUUCUUUAUCUGUUGCCACGUUGCUGUUCUGCAUAAAUGCUCCUAGUUUUAGUCAAAUGAUGCUAGACUCUGCAAUACCUAGGCUUGCUGCUUCAGUAACCAGCUUGGCAGACAAGAAAUGGAAAUAGCUACAAGCAAUCCAGCUUGGAUAGGCUUAGUUAGUUUGGUCACCUCCAAAACGUAUGGAUGAAUGCACCUUGGAGAAGACAAUGGCUCCUUCUGCAGCUGCCAACCAGGAUUUCUUACCUCUGCAAAUGUAAAGAACUGGAUUUCAGCAAUAGGUUGAGGUUGCAGGGUUGGGAUCCAUAACCAGAGGUUGAUGAUGGGGAUGGUCUUCCAAGGAGGGUCCUGAUUCAGUUCCUUCCAGGGCAAGGGAGGGAGGCAGUGUAUAGAUCAAUUCUGGAACCAGAUAUCUGGUUGUUUGGAUGCAGGAUAUGGGUUUGACCCUAUGUGAUUUGUAACACCAGCUCCCAUAUAUCAACCUUGAAGGUUUAUCUCUGUUACUUUCUGUGAAAGAGCGAGACAUUCAAAUUAUUUAUGUAUAAGGCAUUACUCUGUAAGCUAAAGAAUGACUAUGUUUAUUUUAA